AUGACUAACACAGCCUCGACUUUACUACUUAGAAAGCAGUUAGCUGAGCUCAACAAGAGUGGUCCUGAGGGUUUUUCCGCUGGCCUUAUCGAUGACGACAAUAUUUUCAAGUGGCAGGUUAUGAUAAUGGGUCCAGCCGACACUCUAUAUGAUGGUGGCUGUUUUAAGGCAAUUUUGGAAUUUCCACAGGAUUAUCCGAACCGCCCCCCAAAAAUGCAGUUUGUUACCGACAUGUGGCACCCUAACAUUGCUCCAUCCGGAAAUGUAUGCAUAUCCAUUCUCCAUGAACCAGGCGAAGACCGUUGGGGAUACGAAAGACCUGAAGAACGGUGGCUUCCAGUACACACUGUCGAGACUAUAAUAAUGUCAGUUAUUUCGAUGCUCGCUGAACCCAAUCCCGACAGUCCGGCAAAUGUUGACGCUGCUAAAGAAUUUAGAGAAAACUACGAUGAAUUUAAGCGGAAAGUUGGGAGGGUCGUAAGGCUGAGCCAAGAAAACUUUACUUAG